GAGAGUGCCGUAAAGCGCUCUGUUUUGGACAGGAGGAGGUCAUUGGAAAGUGAGGAGUGGCCCCAGAACGGUUUUUGGACGUUUUUCCUAAUGCGGGUUUAAAACAACUUGAUGCACUAUAGCUCCGUGUAGUUAUUCUCUUGCUCCGACAUGCUUCGUGUAAUCCUGCGGCUCAGGCCGUCCGUCGGGCUCCCUCGUCCCCGUGCCCUCUCUGCUGGGCCUACCGCCUCUGGCUCCCGAUGCGUGCCCGGAACCGGCUCCGCGAGGCGGCUACAUCGCGUAGCCGGGUCCCGGUCUGUAUGCUCGACAGUGGGCUUCAGUCACAGGGGAGCUCUGCUGCGAUGUCCCCAGCUGUCGGUUAGCGGUCGGAGCGAGCGUUUCUACAGCCUGCCGCCGCACCAAAAGGUGGAGCUGCCAGCGCUGUCGCCUACCAUGCAGACUGGAACCAUUGCUCGUUGGGAAAAGAAAGAGGGUGACAAAAUCAGCGAGGGCGACCUUAUAGCAGAGGUGGAGACUGAUAAAGCCACAGUGGGAUUUGAGAUGCUGGAAGAGUGCUAUCUUGCUAAAAUACUUGUUCCUGAAGGGACCAGAGAUGUAAACAUUGGAUCAGUCAUUUGCAUCACUGUUGACAGUCCAGACCUCAUCCCAGCCUUUAAGGACGUCACCUUGGACUCGCUUACUUCCGCCCCUUCAGCAGCCACCUCCACUCCACCUCCUCCUCCAGUUGCAGCUCCACCCGCAGCCCCAGGCAGCUCCUACCCAACGCACUUGAAGAUCACACUUCCUGCUCUGUCGCCCACAAUGACCAUGGGUACAGUGCAGCGCUGGGAGAAGAAGGUGGGCGAAAAGCUCAGCGAGGGAGAUCUGCUGGCCGAAAUCGAGACGGACAAGGCGACUAUUGGCUUUGAGGUGCAGGAGGAGGGAUAUCUGGCCAAAAUAAUGGUGCCCGAGGGCACUCGAGACGUUCCCUUAGGGACGCCGCUGUGUAUCAUCGUAGAGAACGAGAGCGACAUUGCGGCAUUCAAAGACUAUGUCGAAACGGGCGUCGCGGAAAUUUCAACACCUCCUCCUGCUCCGGCACCAACACCAGCACCCGUCGCCGCAGCACCCCCUCCGGCGCCCGCCGCAGCACCCUCCAUUCCUUCAGCGGCCGCGACGCCGAGGAAGGGACGCGUGUUCGCCAGCCCGCUAGCGAAGAAGCUAGCGGCAGAGAAAGGCUUUGACUUGGCGCAGAUCACCGGUUCGGGUCCCGAUGGACGGAUUACCAGGAAAGACAUUGAGAGUUUUGUUCCCGCGAAGGCUCCACCAGCUGCCCCCGCUCCGACCCCGGCGCCGGCUGUUCCGGUGCCCGCCGCCGGUGUUGCCGCGCCAGCCGGGACUUUCACAGACAUCCCUAUCAGCAAUAUCCGCAAGGUCAUCGCUCAGAGGUUGAUGCAGUCAAAGCAAACCAUCCCUCACUAUUACCUCUCUGUAGAUGUCAACAUGGACCAAGUAUUGGAGCUUAGAAAAGAACUUAAUGAGGAAGUGAAAGCCAGGAGUAUCAAGCUGAGUGUCAAUGACUUCAUCAUCAAAGCAAGUGCGCUGGCAUGUCUCAAGGUGCCCGAGUGCAACUCCUCCUGGAUGGAUACAGUCAUUCGCCAGAACCACGUGGUGGACGUAAGCGUGGCGGUGAGCACGGCCAACGGCCUCAUCACCCCCAUCGUGUUCAACGCGCACAUCAAAGGGCUCGCCGCCAUCAGCGGCGACGUGUCAGAGCUCGCCGCCAAAGCGCGGGACGGCAAACUGCAGCCGCAUGAGUUUCAGGGAGGCACGUUCACCAUCUCAAAUUUGGGGAUGUUUGGCAUCAAAAACUUCUCGGCCAUCAUCAACCCUCCGCAGUCGUGCAUCCUCGCCGUGGGAGGGUCGGAAAAGCGCCUCGUACCGGCUGACAAUGAAAAAGGUUUCGACGUGGCUAGCGUGAUGUCUGUAACGCUGAGCUGUGACCACCGGGUGGUGGACGGCGCGGUGGGCGCACAGUGGCUCGCCGAAUUCCGCAAGUUUCUGGAGAAGCCCGUCACCAUGCUCUUGUGAGAGGACUGAGAUCGCUCGCUCGUCCAAAUGCUCUACAUCCUCCUGUGAUUGGCUGGCCGGCCACCACAGCACUUACUGUUACUCUGAAGGAGGGAGGGGCAAAACUCACUCCAUUUUCAUCUUUAGUCUUUUUCUCUCUAUCCCUUAUUUAUUAAGUUCAUGCCAUAAAAGACACAACUACAUUAGUUGUAACGAAACCUAGCGCACAUGGAGGCUGACACUACAGACGUAUCAUGUUGUGAAAGGGCAGUCAUUACACUCUUAUGUCCAAUCAGAUCAAAUUGGCUCCCUGAUAAUUUGCGUGUGGUUUGCAUGUCACGAAGGUGAACGGGAACGGUUCGCAGGCCAAAGGAUUGAAAGAUAUAGCCUCAAUAUCAGUGUACUGUGUUACAAAAUGUACAUUCUACUGAAAUUAUAUCAAAAUACAUGUACAGCCCGGGACUCGUGUGUUUUUUUUUUUGUAAACAUGUUUGCCAAUCUUUCCUCUAUCAACCCCUUUUUAAUUUUCUUGCCGAACAGUCAAGUUUUCUGUCCUCCAGCUGAAACGCACAAGGCUGCCAAUGGAUGUUUGAAAUAAACGGAGAGAAGUCCA